CAAGCCACCGCUCUACAAUACCCACAAUCCACCGAUUCGAAGCCACUGAAUCCGGACACGCAUUCUCCAAAACUCGGAACCCCAACUCCGACGAUGAAUCACCUGAUGGCGAGGGCUGUUCUACGACGUCUGGCCGGCGGCCGGACCUUCAACUCGUUCAUCUCGACGUCCUCGUCGUCGCCGUUUCACGAGAUGCGGUUUGGUGAGUCGGCGCCGCUGUUGCGGGGCCGGGGUCUAGGGUUCUUCGGUGGGGAGCAGUGGGGGAGGACAAUGAGCACGGCGACGGGGAGGAAGGUGGGGGUGGCGGAGAAGGAGCGGGAGGAGGGGGCGGCGGACGAGAAGAAGAAAAUGGGGGAGGGGAGUGGGACGGCGGUUUCGAGCUAUUGGGGCAUUUCUAGGCCGAAGAUCACCAAGGAGGAUGGGACCGUGUGGCCCUGGAACUGUUUCUUGCCAUGGGAGACUUACCAAUCAAACUUGUCAAUAGAUCUUCACAAGCACCAUGUUCCAACAACAUUUCUAGAUAAAGUUGCUUUCAGAACUGUGAAGAUUCUCAGAGUUCCGACUGACAUAAUGUUCAAGAGACGAUAUGGCUGUCGGGCAAUGAUGCUGGAAACAGUGGCAGCUGUUCCAGGAAUGGUGGGAGGAAUGCUGCUACACCUAAGGUCUCUGCGCAAGUUUCAGCAAAGCGGAGGCUGGAUUAAAGCCCUGCUUGAAGAAGCAGAAAAUGAGAGGAUGCACCUGAUGACAAUGGUAGAGCUUGUGCAGCCAAAAUGGUAUGAGAGGCUAUUGGUUCUUACUGUGCAGGGGGUGUUUUUCAACGGCUUCUUUGUGCUUUAUCUGCUUUCUCCCAAACUGGCACAUAGAAUUGUUGGAUAUGUGGAGGAGGAGGCUGUCCAUUCAUAUACGGAGUAUCUGAGGGAUAUUGAUGACGGGAAAAUAGAAAACGUACCAGCUCCAGCUAUCUCCAUAGAUUACUGGAGGCUACCAAAAGAUGCAACCCUGAAGGAUGUUAUCACUGUCAUUCGUGCUGAUGAAGCUCACCAUCGAGAUGUCAAUCAUUUUGCUUCUGAUAUUCAUUACGAGGGGAAGGAGUUGAGGGAGGCACCAGCUCCUCUUGGUUAUCAUUAACAGGGAAGGACCUACCAGGUGGGGUGGAGUGGCACAUUCCACCCCCGUUUCAAAAAUA